AGUCCUGCAAAGCAGUUGAAUUUGCUCCGCGAUGGGAGGAGCUUUGCCACUGGUCACCCAUGGUCGAGGCAAACGAGAAUGCCAGGGUGCUUCCUUUCCGGCCAAAAUUUGGGCAGGGACGCGAAGAGAUGCCGGACGGUAGCAUCUACGUAGGCAACUUUCGCUACAGCCUCCGGGAGGGUCAGGGUCAGUUGCUGCUGGACCAGCAGGGUACUGACCUUUAUGAGGGCCACUUCCGUGCAGGGCACUUCGACGGCCGUGGAGUACGGCGCUGGGCUGAUGGCACCAUCUACGAGGGCCAGUGGCGCGCAGGUCGCAAGCACGGCGAGGGAACCCUCUGUGAGCCGAAUGGUCGGGUGUACCGUGGACAAUGGCGUGACGGGAAGAGACAUGGCUUCGGCGUUCAACAGCUGGACGGCGCUGUCCAGUACGAGGGACGGUGGGAGAAUGGUCUGCAGCAUGGAAGCGGCAAAGUCAUUGAUACCCGAAACGACUCAGUUUUUCAGGGUCAGUGGAUCUGUGGCGCACACCAUGGCCAGGGUCUUCUAAGAAGCAAGGGUGGCGUGCGGGAAAAAAUGCGCUACAACCACGGCAUGUUGGUGGCCAUGGAGGAGCUCCCACAACCCCAGGUGCGGCCACCGGUGCCCAAGGCCGCACAUACCAUGUGAGUGCCGAUGUUUCUUCAAAUCACCCGGCGCGGUUUGAACGAGGGACUGGGAUCAAUCACACGCAAGUUUUUCUGGACGUGUCUGUAAAUGGUGGAUAGGCAUUGC